UAACAUACUCUCCUACCAGCCCAAGAGUCAGCAGGGGGAAUACAGAAGAAGGCAGGAGACGAAGUGAUGGUAAAAAUGAGCAGAGUUUAUUGAAUAAUCUUGAGAGUUCAUUCUAUAGGCAUGCGCGCGAGUACUUCAAAACAACGCGCGAGACAUUCAAAACUACAAUAGCGGACUACAGGACUGUGUUUAUGCUACUCAAGAUUUUGAGUUUAUUGACGCUUCUCCAGCAAAGUAAUUGUAGUAAUAAAGAAACCUCAUCGUCCGUCCAGACAAAAUUGCUCGAUGCUUUCGCUAUCUUCAUUGUUUGUAUUCACCGCUCUGUGGAAGAAUGCUUAUUUGCACAGGUGCGUAGUGUUUCUUUACAAAGUGACAGCGCCAAUCGUUUUGACAACGUUGUCGUCUGUACGCGAAAUUUUUCAAAAACACAAAGGAAAAACUUUUCCGUUUUUAGUACAUCGUUGUCGUGUAAACAUACCCUUAGUGGCUGUUUGUUUUUCUACAACUUAUACGAUAUGAUGUCCCUCUGUUUACUAUGGUUAUUAAGGCUAUACGAACGACUUCUCAACUGGCCAAUCGCAGACCGCUUGUAAGUAGCUCUUAGCCAAUCCGAACGCAGGAGGCGGGACCAACCGGAAUACGGGUGGGGGAAAAAUAACGCGCACGGAACGCAAAAGGACGUAUGUUUGUUACUUAGCCGGAGCCGUGAACCAGCCAAUCAGAAAACAGAAUGCCGGAAAUAACCGUCCAACAUAUCCGGUCCUUCUGUUGACAUAAACACAGAGCAUGUGGAUUCUGUAUUCAUUCAUUUGUGUGUGUUUGCUUGCAGAUGUUUUAGGACCGUAAAAUUAUUUUCGCUUUAGCGCUUUGUUGUUUUGAAGACGCAUUUAGAGAUUCAAUGUGUUUCAAAGUGAAGUAACUUUAUUAUUACUCUUCAAGUGACACAGCAGUAAACUCGUUAUUUUGUUAUCAAAGCACCGUUAUCUGUCCAGCUUAUCAUCAUUAUCGAUGUAACCUACAGUACACGAACAACCUGCGCACUUGAUGUGCAUUAUAUAAAUUCAAUCUGCGCACUUGAUGUGCAUUAUAUAAAUUCAAUCUGCGCACUUGGCGCUGCAAUAUAUUUUAGGUGUAAUUCAAAAUCUGGAGCUGUCAGGUUACACUAAAAGAACCACUAAAAACAGAACAACCGUUUCAGUAAUGUUUUGGGGAAGUGUUGUUUUUAAAUGAAAAUAACCAAAUGGAUUUCACCGAAUGCUAUGAAGACACCUGCUCAGCCGUCGCGCUAGUGGCCCGACAGGGGAAGAGUCGACGGGUGCAGAAGCUCAUCCAGCGAGGCUUUGCCGUGGAUGUGAGAGAUAACCGGGGCUGGAACGCCCUGCAUGAGGCUGCGGCGGCUGGAUCCGCGGAGUGUGUGCGCCUUCUCCUCUCCGCAGCAGUCAGCUGCGAAGACUAUGUCAACACUUUGACACACAACUCAGAGACUCCUCUUUACUUUGCUGCAAAGAAUGGACACCUCCGGGUGGUGAAGUGGCUUAUUAAGGGUCAUGCAGACCUUAACAGGACAACCAAUGACCUGUCCUGUCCCCUCUUUGCAGCGGUAGAAUGUGGGCACCAAGAUGUGGUGGAGCUGCUGGUGGAAAGUGGGGCAGAGGUCAAUGGGACUCACUCUGUGUCAGGCUGGUCUUGUCUCCAUCAAGCUGUUUACAAGGGUCAUACUGAGAUUGCAAGGCACCUGGUGGGUGUGUGCUCUCUUGAGGCAGUGGAUGACUAUGGGAUCACACCGUUAUUUGUUGCUGCGCAAUAUGGACAUCACCAAUGCUUAGAGAUUCUUGCAAAGGCUGGGGCAAAUGUGAACUGCCAGGCAAAUGAUCUGGCCUCGCCACUGUUCAUUGCCGCUCAGGAAGGCCACGUACGUUGUUUGGAGCUUUUACUGGCCCAUGGAGCUGACCCGAACCUGUACUGCAAUGAGGACUGCUGGCAGCUACCCAUCCAUGCUGCAGCCCAGUUCAAUCGGCUUAGUAUUCUAGAAAAGCUGAUUCCAGUAACGAACAGAGAGUGUGACCGGGGUGAAGGAAAAGUCAGUCCAGUUUACUUGGCAGUACUUAGUGGGCAAGCGGACAGUCUUCGGGCCUUGCUAAAACAGGGCUACAGUCCAGAUGCACAGAGCUGUCGACAGUUUGGAUACAGCUGUCCUUUGGACAUGGCUCUGUGGUGCAGCUCUUGGAACUUGGACAGUGAGUAUCACCAGACUCGGGAGAUCACUCUGAUGCUUUUGGCCGCAGGGGCCCAUGUGAGCAUGGGCAUCUAUGCAUGUACAUUACAGGGCCAUGUACCUGAGCACCUGCCCUUGAUCCUGGAGCACACUGGCCUACCUAAGGGUGACCGACUCAGGGAGCUGGUCCAGAGAGCCCUUGCUGAGAUGCAGAGUGCCUCCUUUUGGCUCCCCCUUCUGCUCAAAGCAGGAAUGGACCCCAUGCUGCUCCUACAGGACAAAAUGCUUGAAGAAGCUGAAAGCAGAGUGCUUAAUUUCUUUCUGGAGUUCAUUAAUUGGAAGACUUUUCCCACUGCAAUGCUUCAUAUUCUCUCUCACCGCCGAGCAGAUGGCACAUGGACACCACGGAAGCAUUUUGAAUUUGUCCCUGCUCUCACUCAUCUGUGCAGACUGGCAGUGCGGGCAUCUGUGGGCAGCGAUGCUCUGUGUAAGUGCUCCUUUGUACAACAGCUGCCUGUUCCAACUCUGCUUCAGGACUACCUCCAGUUCAGCGACGUCUCCCUUGCUUACACAGCAGGCUGACUGUCAGCUGUGGCUAAUUAAGUUGUUGCAACUUGUUCCACUGUAGUAUUUUGCACAUAAUGUUAAUACAAUUUUAAUGACUGUUCAUUGAAGCUGGAUUGAGGCUCUUCGCAUUACCUUGAUAUUUAAAAAAUGUGGGAGGACAAACGGUGAAUUCCACCAAUUUAUCUUCAACCGUUAUGUUCCCCUUCUUACACAGCUGGCCUUUAGACUGAGUUGGUGUUGAAAUUCAUCUCUGCUCUGUGUCUUUGCUUUGCCUCGUUAUCUUCUCUCUCGCAGCAGCUCUCCUCUCUGUCUGCCUCCAAGGUCACUGCCUCAAAGACGCAUACUCUCUGCGAAUGUUAAUUGCCAACACAGGCACGCUCAUUCAGAGAUUCUGCUAUCUGCCUUUGGUCACACUAUUUAUUUUACAGUGUAUUAUUGUACCUUUAAGGGAUGUGCAUAGCACACUGUCAAAAGCUUGCUGUUAAUAUAAAAUUGUGCGUAUCACUGCAGUGUGAUGCGGUCACCCCAUGCUGUUUUCAGAAUAGAACCAUGCCUUUACAAAUAAACAGUUAAUGUAUGUUUCUAUUUCACGCAGGCAUUCGUUUUAUGUUUUUUUACCUCAAGCAAAAGCAAAACAUUUAGUUUUAAACUACAGUCAGUUCUGUGACAGAUAGGUUUGGCUACAUUUUGAAAACUAGUGACUACAAAAUUCACACUGAAACCAAGUAAAUUUGACAGCAUUUUUCUCUGUUUCAGUGUUGGCCUAGUUACUGUGUUUGCCUUGUUUAUUUAGCAUUAUUUAUGGAAAAACCCACUAGUUCUGCAAUCAUUG